AUGGCGUCUGCUAAUCUGCAAGCUGAGCUGGAAUGUUCAAUUUGUUUGAACAUUUACACCGAUCCUGUAACGCUGAGAUGUGCACACAACUUCUGCCGGGGCUGUAUUGAUCGAGUACUGGAUACCCAGGAGAGGUCUGGAAGUUAUUCCUGUCCUGAAUGCAGAGAGAAGUUCCAGGAUUGGCCUGCACUGCAGAAGAACAUUAAACUGCGAAACAUAGUGGAGAAUUUCCUGUCUGCUCAGCCAGAUCCUAAGGAGUCCAAGGUCUUCUGUACUUACUGUGUGGAUUCUCCCAUAACUGCUGUUAAAUCCUGUCUGCUGUGUGAAGCUUCUCUGUGUGAUAAACACCUGAGCGUCCACAGCAAGUCACCAGAACACGUCCUAUGUGACCCCACCACCACCCUGAGGAACAGGAAAUGCUCCGUCCAUAAUGAACUCUUUAAAUAUUAUUGUACUGAGGACUCUGCCUGUAUCUGUGUGUCCUGCUGUCUGAUUGGGGAACACAAAGGACAUCAGAUGGAGUCCCUGGAUGAGGCCUCUGAGAAAAGAAAGGAGGCACUGAAGAAUGUUCUAAGUAUACUAACAACAGCGAGAGAGUCGAAGGAGGAAAGAGUCCGGAGUCUGUGGAAACACUCAAGGAAGGUACAAGAACAAGCAGCUGGUGAAACCAAGAGAGCCACUGCCCUGUUUAAAGAACUCAGGAAACGGCUGGAAGACCUGGAGAAGCGAGUCCUGAGAAAAAUCUCUGGGCAGGCAGAAAAAAUCUGUCACUCAACCAAUGAUUUCAUCCAACAACUGGAAAUAGAGAAGGAUGAGCUGUCGAGGAAGAUGCGUCACAUUGAGGAGCUGUGUAACACGACGGAUCCACUGACCGUCCUACAGGAAUCAGACACAGGUGACAGGAAAGUAGCUUCCCGGACAGAGAAUAGCCAGAACCAUCCACAAUCACCAGAGAGGUUUCAGGACCGUGCUCAGGUGAUGAGCAAGCAGAGCUUCUCCUCAGGGCGACAUUACUGGGAUGUGGAUGUCAAGGGAUCACGUAGAUCGAGAGUUGGGUUGUGUUACCCCAGUAUAGAUAGGAGAGGGGAGCUGUCACGGAUUGGAAGCAAUAAAAAGUCCUGGGGAAUGGCAGUGGAAUAUGAUUUUUUUUCUCAAUUGGCAAGGAGCCUUUUCACGCAUCAUAACAAGCGUCAUGGUAACACUUCAGUGAUACAUGACAAUAAAGAGAUCUCAUUACCUGCCAAGAUCUCAGGUGGCAAGAUCAGGAUAUAUCUGGAUUAUGAGGCUGGGCAGAUCUCUUUCUAUGAUCUGUGUUCCUCAAUUCGACACAUCCACACCUUCACUGCCACCUUCACUGAGCCUCUCCAUGCUGCAUUAUGGGUAGAUUACGGCUGUUUAAAAAUAUCUGGGGGGAAGGAGGAUCAUAAGAUGUGA